CACGGCCGCGUCAUCUCGUCGGAACAGAAACAGAAAAAAAGGAAAAAAGAAGAGGAGAAGGGAAGAAGUCCUUGAUAUGGGGCCUCGUUACACGGAUCGCCUCUUCUUCGUCCUCGUUGGCUCAGACUUCUUACAGUUGCCCCCAGAAUGGCCGUAGUUGCCAGUGUGGGCACGCUAACGGAGGAGCUAAUCACCGCUGUCGCGAAACCUGAUCGAAUUAAUGAUCCUCGUUUCAAGUCCCUCAAACGCCGGGCAGAGGCUACCCUCAGGUCCAACGCCCAUCCCCGCACUGACCAAUUCGCUGUCGCAAAACAACUCGAGGGUCUGCAGGAAAAGUUUCAGGUCCUCGACAAGGAUGACUUGGCGGACGCUCUACGAUUGCGCUUGGUAGAGCUGGAGGAGCACCGCAGUUCGUGGUUUCCGGAAAUCCUCUCUUUACUCCUGCAGCUUGCGAAUCGUCCUGCGCAGUACUCGACUGUCGAUCGCCUGGAGAGAGUCGCGCCGAAACCAGAAGCAAAGGGUCUCUCCUGGUCUGAUAUAGAUCCCGCCGGCACUGCAUACUGCGAUGACGAUAUAUGGGAAAGCGUAGAUUACGGGGCGAGCUCGUCCGAGGAUGAUCUAACGUCCCUGUCCAGUGACAGAGACGAACCGCGCACUCGACCUCAAAGUUCGGUGGCUCCUGAAGAGGACUAUGUGAUCUCUGAGGAUGUUUUCUCGUCCGGAGAGGAUGAAGAUCUUGUUGCUUCUAUCAAGAGUGCGCAAUUUUGGAGAGAAGAGAAGCACGCCGACGGUCUCCAGCAGGAUGGAAUCUCGUCGCGUGUGAUCACAGAGCUUCAAAUGGUACGAGAGACCAUCUCAAUGCUGCAAGGGCUACCUACGUCUCUGUUUUGGCGCUUGGACGAUAGUAUUGAGGUGGAUCGCAGGUACACAUUGGCUCAUCUGUCCAACGGUGUCCUGGUGGCAUUGUUGCGGGAGCUGUGCUCAACUGGUGCCAAGAUCGACACCCUCAGGCGGUUUUCUCAAACGUCGCAGAGCAUCGCGUACAUGCAGACGUUUCAUCGGCGUAUUGACGCUAUUUUGGGUGGUUUUGAUGCUUACUUGUCACGUAUCGAAUCACGGUACUUGUCGCGAAACCUCGAAGUCACCGUUAGUUUGUUGCAACUGUGCCAAGACGUCCGUCAAGAAUCAAAGCUUCUCCUCCUGCUGGCAGAGGUUGUAUCGCAAUUCCGAAGCGGAUCUAACGAGCCCAUAAAAUGUCUCGAUCUACUGUACGACGAGGUCUGUGGGCUGCAGGCCGCUGGUGACGACGCCGAGUUCAUGUCUUUAGCAGAGCUCUUUUUUGCAUGCUUCGAAACUUAUGCACGCCCAAUACGUUUAUGGAUGGAGGCGGGCCUUUUAGAAGAUUCGUCGGAAAAGUCGUUUUUUAUUCACAAAAGUCGUUCCGAUAGCGACCUACGCACGCUGUGGCAAGACUGGUACUCGCUGGACGAUGCAUCUGGACUAGUAAAUGCGCCGAAAUUCAUCCGCCCGCUUGUUCACAAAAUCUUCAUCACAGGGAAAAGCAUGGUCUUCCUGCGUCACCUCAACGCAUACGAUGGCGACGUGGGAACCCCGAGAAAGACAUCGCUCGCUCUCGAAGACGUCUUUUCUGACAGUCAAUCAGCUCGCUACCUCCCAUUCUACAUGCUGUUUGAGUCUGCAUUUGGGAAAAUAGUUGAUCAGAACCACUCCCUAACGUCAGCGUUACUGCGCCAGGAGCUCGACAAACGAUGCGGACUGUGGGUGUCUCUCCAGGCGUUGGAAUGUAUUUACUUCGGCCGCGAUAUGAGCGUAUUCAGUCCGAUCGACAACAAAAUCUUUGACCUGAUCGACCGCGGCAAAGGCGCCUGGAGAGACCGGUAUCUCCUCACAGAUGUGGCCCAAAGCGCCCUCAGCGCAUUGCCAUUCAUCGACCCUUCACGACUCAUCGUCCGCACCAACGAGGCCCACUCUCCGCGCGACCAAGCUAGCAGCAGCCGAUCCGUCAGUAUGCUCGACAUGAUAGCUUUCGACUACGUCCUCCCCUGGCCCAUCGCGAACAUCAUCACCAAACCAGCGAUCCUGCGCUACCAGCGAAUCGCCAUCUUCUUAAUGCAGAUCCGUCGCGCAAAACACACCAUCGUCCAACAAUACGCCCGGCACGCAGCCGACAGGACCGUCCAGCACAACGCCCACUCCCUCAGCUACGCACUCCACCACAACAUGCUCUGGUUCCUCAACACCCUCUACAGCCACCUCACCGACUUCGUCAUCUCCACCUCCACCCUCGCCCUCCAGAAAUCCCUCUCCGCCGCCGAAGACGUCACCGCCAUGAUCGACGCCCACAACGCCUACCUCUCCUCCCUCGAAGCCCAGCUUCUCCUCUCCGCGAACCUCGCCCCACUCCUCCAAGCCACCACCUCUCUCCUUGACCUCUCCAUCAGCUUCGCAAACCUCCAAUACAUCCGCCACAGCUCAUCCAUCAAACCAGCCCGCCAAAAAAGGCCACACAACACCGAAGACGAUGACACUUCAGACGAAUCCGAACCCGAAUCCGAGUUCGAAUCCGACGACGACGACACUGAAAUCGAAAACAACCGCCGUAUCGCCCUCCACGACACACUCUACGACCAGCGUCUGCGCGACACAAAGGACCAGUUCCACCGUCUCGUCGGCUUCCUCGCUGCCGGACUGAAGGGCAUCGGCCGCGUCGACGGCCAACUUUCUUGGGAGAUGUUGGCUGAGAAGUUGGAUUGGAGGCGGGAGGCGCGGUCUGCGGUGGUGUAAAAUACCUACCUAUCUUUCUGGAUUUGGUCUGUAAUAUGUAUGGUGAUGAUACUGAU